AUGUCCGCCAUGUCGUUGAGCUCACCCCAGCGGUUGCGGCUAACCUCUGCCCAGCGCUUGGGGCCUAUGGAGGUGGACCUGGAGCGCGAGCACGGUGGAUUAAAGUUGGAAGAUUCGGGCCUUCAACGCUUUGUAGGGACCCUGUCGCCUAGAGAGAAGAUGCUGGUGCACGUGAUGGACACCUUUGGGCUGGGAUCAAAACAGCCCGACCGCCUGGCGGGAAUUGAUGUGCAACGGACCUUUGACCUGGAUGGGAGUGGUUUCGUAAGCACCGCGGUGCUGAGGCGAUCCUUGAUCACCUUCGACCCGCAAGUCUUCACGGAGGAAUGCAUCGACCUGCUCUUUAGCCGGCACCUGUCCCGCCCCUGCGGCCGUUGCGGUUUUCUGACCUACGCUGAACAGCUGGUGCACAUCCACGAUGUUUUCGGACCGUUUUGGCAGCCCUUUUGCCGACGCCUGCAACACCUAGAGGAGAAGGUGGCUCAGACCAAACGCAAUGCGCAGAGGCGCCAGGUGGAGCUCUCGCAGAUGGCGCAGGAUGCGGCCGAGGCGUUGCACAGGGCGCAGCAGGAGCUUCAGCAGCCGGCUGUUGCAGAUUUGGAGGAAUAUACAAUUGCAGAGCUGGUUGAGUUGAUUGACAAAGCAUCAACUGUGUUGCGUCAGAAGGUUGCUGAUUCAGGCGAUUCUGGCUUGAAGGGUUACAGGAAGAGAUGGACGGAGCGCAGCGCUCCAGGGCAGCGCCAUGAAAGGAGUUUUUCUGAAGUUGGCAGUGAUUUCAAUGCAGACGCUGACAGUGCAAUGCGUUUGAUGAAACAACAGAAACUGCAUGAGUUUGACAGAGCUGUUGAAAUCAUUGACAAGACUUCAGAUGAUUUGGCUGAUGACAAACCUUUGUCAAGUAGUUCAUCAGCGGCUGUGAACCAUCGACAAGAGCGGCAGGCGUUACAGAACACGGACAUGAAGGUUUUCAAAUUUCCAUGGGAACAUGGUAGACUUGCUAAGAUUUUUGGUGACAAGCCUUUGGUUUCUGUGAAAACGCCACAAUUGAAGAUGGGGCCAAACAACUGCUUGCGUAUGGGUUUGAGUGUCUCUGAAUCCGGGAGUCUGGAGGCGAAACCUGUUUUGAAACAAGAGGAUGCAGCUUCAUCGCAUGCCAUUUUUCUUGAUGUGGUCAAAGCCAUUGUUGACAAGUCUGAGUUGGAGGACCGUGAUGCAAAGCGACAGAAAGCUUUGGAGGUGACUGUGGAAUCAACUGCAGAUACAGUGCAUAGCUGUGCACUGGAAAUUUUGGAUGCCACCUUCGCUGUCAAAAGCGCGGGGACGUUGUUUCGUCGCUUAUAUGCUAUCCAAGCAUACGAAGAUUGGUGCGUUGAGCAUCGAGACAAACACUGGAUACCUGUGAUCGAAUACGACGUAUGGACAUACGUAAGGUGGUUGCAGAAGACUGACGCCCCAGCCACCAAGGCAGGGAGCUUGGUGGAAGCUUUGAGAUUUUCCUGGUAUUUACUUGGAGUGGAAGGUUCGAACCUUGCUGAAUCCAGUCUCAGAAUCAAAGGAGUGUCCUCACAGAUGCGCUCCAGUAAGAAACCGUGGCGACCGGCGGAUUUGCUGACAGUGACUGAAGUGAAGGCCUUGCACGAGAUCCUCAAUGAUCAUGCCCGACCUCUUGGAGACCGAGUCCUAGCAGGCCAUGCGCUCCACCUGCUAUAUAGCAGGAGUAGAUGGAGCGAUUUGCUUUUGGUAAGUGGUAUGUACAUGGAUCCAGAGGAGCACUUUUUGGAGGUGGCCACGAAAGCUCAUAAAGGUGCAAGAUCAGCUGAAAUGAAGACAAAGCUUCUUCCUAUCGUUGCACCGGCUUUUGGAGUGGACAACAAAAACUGGGCUGUGGUUUACCUGGAAGUUCGUAGGGAGUGCAAUUUGUCACUGCCUCUGGAUGGAUACGGGCCCAUGAUGUGUGCUCCUAGCAAUGCAGCCGCAACGUGCUGGUCAAAGAGGGCGCUUACCUCGGAAGAGGGUUCAGACUUUCUGCGCAAAGCAUUGGGAGCUCCAAAGACUUCUGAGAGAAGAAUUUCGACGCACUCACUGAAAUCAACUGCCAUGUCUUGGGCGUCGAAGUAUGGGCUGUCAGAAUAUACUCGUGCAGUUUUGGCACGCCACACUUCAAAGGCUGCAACGGCGACAGCAGUUUACUCUCGGGAUCUUUUGUCCCCAAUUCUCAGAGAGCUCAAUCUGGUGCUGGCUGCAAUUCGAAAUGGAAGUCUCAAUCCCGAUUCAACCCGAUCGGGUAUGCUCACCCCAGGGGCAUUGCCUUACCUUGGAGGCACCCCAUUACCUGAGGCUGGGUUGCCCAUUGCGACCACUCCAGUGCCCUCAGGUGACAAAAGACUGCCUGAGAGGCCUCAGGAAGCAGCCAGCAGCCCUGGCAGCGAUUGGUCUUUGGCCCAGCGCAAUGCCGAGGACAUGCAUUUGUUUGGAGGUGCCUCUGGAUGCUCGCCUUCCGAAGUUGCACAGUCUGGCUUGGAAGAUGUGCUGACUGACACCACUGAGGAAAACAGUCAGCAAAGCACUUCUUCAAGUGAAUGUGAGGACGAUGAGAGAGAGCAGCACAGAGACCUGCUGAAUCGAGAGUCUGACUAUGUCAUUAACCAGCACUCUCUUGUGGUUCAUUUGGUCCGGACACAGGGCAUUUUGCAAUGUGGCCGAAAGCUUACUCCGUCCUAUGUCAAGGUGUAUGAACUCAAUGGCAUCCGGUUGUUGCUGGAGCUGAAGACACGCCUUGAAGAAAGCGAACAGGAGAGGACGAGGCUCGCGGAGCGCCUAUGGUGGGCCGACAAGGACUUGGCUCAGCAGCUGCAAGCGGCUUCCGAGCAGAGCCGUCAGGGCCUAGAAGCUGAGCGACGGAAGUGCUCCUCGCGCCUGGAACAGGUUUACAUUAAUCAUGGCGGCGGCCCCCUGCCCUUGCUGGGGAAGCAGCCAGGUAUUGCCGAAUUUCUUGGAAGCUAUGCGGGGACACUGCCGCGCAAACCCACUGCAAUACUGGUAGUGACUGCCCAUUGGGAGACAGGGUCGCAACUCAAAGUCUCUGGUGGAAAGGCUCAUUCGCUCUACUUUGACUAUGGUGGCUUUCCCAAGGAAAGCUACGAAUACACCUAUCCGGCACCUGGAAGCCCGGAACUGGCGAAUCGUAUCAUCUCCCUCCUGGCAGAGAAAGGUUUGAGAUGCACCGCAGAUGCUUCCAGGGGUUGGGACCAUGGCGUUUUCGUUCCGCUGAUGCUGAUGUUUCCGGAGGCAUCAGUACCCGUAGUGUCCAUGUCCCUUUACAGCAGCCAGGAUGCCUCUCAGCAUAUGGAAGCCGGUGAAGCCUUGCAAGGUUUGCGAGAUGAAGGAGUUCUGAUUGUUGGGUCAGGAGCAUCCUUUCACAACUUUGGAUAUUUCUUUGCCAGAGACGCAGCUGUCAGAAGCAAAGGCGUGAAGCACUCACAGCUCUUUCACAGUUGGCUCGCAGAAACUGUGCAGUCAGAGAGUGUUAGCCCAGAGGAGCGCAAGCGCCGUUGUGGCGCCUGGGCGGAGGCGCCCGGGGCCCGGGAGGCGCAACCGCAGGGACAGGCGGAGCAUCUGAUGCCGCUCUUCGUGCUGCUGGGCGCUGCACCUUGGAAAGUCUGUGGAAAGAUGUGGAAAGUAUAUUUUUUCGAUAUAUAUAUAUAUAUAUGCGUGUGUGUGUACGCUAUUUAUGUUGCUGUUGUUGUUGUUGUGGUUGUGGUUGUGGUUGUCGUUGUCGUUGUGGUUGUGGUUGUGGUUGUUGUUGUGGUUGUUGUUGUGGUUGUUGUGGUUGUUGUGGUUGUUGUGGUUGUUGUGGUGGUUGUUGUGGUUGUUGUGGUUGUUGCGGUUGUUGCGGUUGUUGCGGUUGUUGUUGUUGUUGUUGUUGUUGUUGUUGUUGUUGUUGUUGUUGUUGUUGUUGUUGUUGUUAGCAUUAUCAUUUUAAGCAUUUUUCCGCAACAAUUCACAUUCAUUUUUUAAUUCCUCAUGCUAAAGACACGUAAGUGACAAACAACGGAAUAUGUUAGCUAGCAAAGAUGCCAAUCUUUUUGGUCUUAGGAUGUGAACCACCAGUCGUUGGGGCACCGGCUUCGAGAGUUCGGUCGGUGGAUCAAAUUGCACCAUUUCCAGUUGGGGCUCAUUGCUACUGUAACCAAAUUUUCACCCAUAGGCUGGCUACCAUCCUGGGCGAUUGCUGAAUGCGGCUGAAGAAGCCGACGGCUUCUCAAUGAGCGAGUUCGAGUUUCCCUAGGGCAGCUGACUAAGGUCUCCAGACGUUUGUCCUGUAACCCGAUUGGUUGAUAUAGGCCAAAGUUUUCAUCCAGUGCUCUUCGGUUUUGAGGAGUGCAUUUGCAGUUGAACAGCAUCCUUGAAGAGGAUCAGCUGAGUCAUAGAGCCAUAUCACAGUGAUGUGCUGGGUG